GAAAAUCCGACGACCCGUCGGCAUUGGACGCGCAGACGACUCCAAUGUCACCUCCCCGUCUAGCGUGCCGAUCGAAUCCUACAUUGAAUCGGCGAAGACGCGAUCCCAUGGAAAUCGUCAUCCAGGAAGAACCUAUCCUUCACGGCAACUUCGGGACUUUUCCUCCAUAUCUCCAUGCGUCGUUCGGGUCAUAGGCAGGAAUGGUCGCGGCCGUGGUGGAGAACGCCACGAUGCCCGCCACCGCCUGGGUCUGGGUCUGGAUGGAUGACGAUCAAUAUGGCUGAAUCCUGAAUACUAGCUUCGGAGCAAUCAACAUAUAUAUACAGCUGAGACAAGAUGCCAGUCCUGUUAGAUCGUCAAGACAGUUCUUUCUCAAUCAGUCACCCACGACGAUACAGAUACGCAUUCUGAUUAGACGUAUACACAUAUCGUACAGCCAUUCUUACCCACCAUGCCUCACGCAGAGACACCAGCUGAGGCGUCUGGAGUCCGACCAUUGAACAUACUCAUCGCCGGUGCUGGGAUCGGAGGUCUCGCCGCUGCGGUUGGUCUCCGUCAGCAAGGCCAUCAUGUCACAUUAUUCGAAAAGUCCCGCCUGAACAAGGAAAUCGGCGCCGCCAUGUUCAUCGCGCCGAACUGCUGUGGAAUCCUCCACCACUGGGGGAUCGAUCCCGUCGAAAACGGCAGCGUGGAAUUGCACGGGAUGAACAUGCACGACGCCGCCGGAAAUCUUCGAAACAGCCUCGAUACCCGCGAAGCCUACAAACACGUCCCGCACACCUGGGAGAUGAUGCACCGCGCCCACGUCCACAACGCCCUCAAGCAGAAGGCCCUCUCGCCCGAAGGCCCCGGCGCACCCGCCUCGCUGCACGUCCACUCGGAGAUCCUCAGCGCCGACCCGACCAACGCCACCAUCACCACGGCCGACGGGCGGGUCCACCAGGGCGACCUCAUCAUCGGCGCCGACGGCGUGCACUCGAAGAUCCGCAACUCCAUCCCGGGGUGCACGCAGCAACCGUUCGACUCCGGCAAGAACGCCUUCCGGUCACUGAUCCCCAUGUCGAAGAUCGCCGCCGACCCCGUCGCCUCGUCCAUCCUCAAGGACGCCGACCACUACUUCCAGCUGUGGGCCGGGCCCGACCGCUCCGUCGUCAUGUACCCCUGCGCCAGCAACACGCAGAUGAACGUCGCGCUCGUGCACCCCAGCCCGCGGACCGACCGCCCGCACGACGCCGCCGACCACUGGCAGCGGCCGGCGAGCAAAGCCGAGAUGCUGGAGGUCGCGCGGGACUUCGACCCCCGCGUGCUGGCGGUGUUGGAGCUGGCGGACGAGGCCGAGCUGAAGCGCUGGACGUUGCUGGACCUGGAGAAAGUGCCGCGCUUCACGCACGAGCGGUUGGUGCUCGUGGGCGACGCCGCGCACCCUUUCCUGCCCUACCAAGGCCAAGGCGGCGCCCAAGCCAUCGAAGACGGCGCCUCCAUCGCCGCCGUGCUGCCCGCGGGCACCCGACCCAGCGAUCUCCCCUCGCGCCUGGAGAUCUACGAGGCCCAGCGCUACCACCGCGCCCAUCGCAUCCAGGACAUGACGCGACACAUGGGCAAGGACUACGUCCCCGGGGCGCAACCCCCGAACUAUCACGAGUUCAUGGAGUAUAACAUCAACCACGACGAGUGGAUCGCCAGUCGGGAGGCGUUGAGGAGGAAGAAGGAGGAGGCUGUCGAGGCGGAGGAGGGGGGGAAGAGGAGGAUUAAUGGGGCGGAGGUCAUCGCUGCGGCGGCGUAGACGUUGACGAGGCUGAUUUUGAUUCUUUUUGGGGAGCGGGCGCGAGACUUUUGUUUGUUUUUCUUUCGGUGUUUCCGAGGGGGGUCUUUUCUUUCCCCUGUGCAUGAUCGGAUAUCUGGGAUAUCACGGGAGUUUUUCAUUGUUCUGUUUCCGUUCUGUUUCUCUCUCUCUCCCUUUUCCGAAGAGGGGAUAUGAUCCCGGAUGCAACAAAUUGGGAUUCGUUUGUCUGUCUGUCUGUCUUUCCGUCUGUCCUUCCCGCCACCACCUUCUCGGUCGGCAGGCAUGUGUGUGUUUCCUCAGCAGGUCCUCCGCUCUCUCGCCGUCUCUUCAAUCGAAAGAAAGAAAAAAACACCAGAG